AGAGAACUCUGCGCUCCUGAGGGCACCUGGCUGUCAUGCACACGUGCUCACACACGAACACACACACCUACACGUGCGCACACUCACACUCCGUGCACACACAUAUGUGCACACUCAUGCACGCGUGCACACACGUCUACCAGCUGAGUGCAGUAAAAGAACCGCAUGAAAACCUUGCAUCCUGGUUAAAAGUAUGGUGACAACAUGGACAGACAAAAUGGAAAAGAUGGGAAGAAACCUUAAGCCCAGGAUCUGGCAGCACAAAGGUGCCUGGAAAGCGACAAUCAGCGUUUUUAUAUUCAGGGAAGUCAGGAACACUGCCACCCACCCGCCAGUCCGGCGCCCAUGCCAGACCCAGCCAAGAUGCUUCCGGCCACAUCACCCCUGCUGGCCCGCAGGGAGCUGGCCCAGGAGCCGAGAGGCCUAUGGGAGCAGGCAGGGCUUGCUGAGGUGACAGCGGAGAGGAGAGGUCGGGCUUUGUUGCCAGGCAGCCCCCAACAUUCAGGUCCUCUUUCCACCAAAAGCCAUGUGGCCUCAGAGCGGCGUCACCCCGAAGCUUGUCCCAGCCGGGGCCUGACAGCAGGGUUUCCUGGGAGUCCAUGCGUGCCUGGAGCAGCAGCGUCUCCAGGGACAGGCAGCCACCAUGAGCCUCAGUGAGGAGCAGGCCCGGAGCUUUCUCGACCAGAACCCCGAUUUUGCCCGCCAGUACUUUGGGAAGAAACUGAGCCCCGAGAAUGUGGCCGCGGCCUGCGAGGACGGGUGCCCGCCGGACUGCGACAGCCUCCGGGAGCUCUGCCAGGUGGAGGAGAGCACGGCGCUGCUGGAGCUGGUGCAGGAUAUGCAGGAGAGCAUCAACAUGGAGCGCGUGGUCUUCAAGGUCCUGCGGCGCCUCUGCACCCUCCUGCAGGCCGACCGCUGCAGCCUCUUCAUGUACCGCCAGCGCAACGGCGUGGCCGAGCUGGCCACCAGGCUCUUCAGCGUGCAGCCGGACAGCGUCCUGGAGGACUGCCUGGUGCCCCCCGACUCCGAGAUCGUCUUCCCACUGGACAUCGGGGUCGUGGGCCACGUGGCUCAGACCAAGAAGAUGGUGAACGUCAAGGACGUGGCCGAGUGCCCUCACUUCAGCUCAUUUGCGGACGAGCUCACCGACUACAAGACAAAGAAUAUGCUGGCCACACCCAUCAUGAAUGGCAAAGACGUCGUGGCGGUGAUCAUGGCAGUGAACAAGCUCAACGGCCCAUUCUUCACCAGCGAAGACGAAGAUGUGUUCUUGAAGUACCUGAAUUUUGCCACGUUGUACCUGAAGAUCUAUCACCUGAGCUACCUCCACAACUGCGAGACGCGCCGCGGCCAGGUGCUGCUGUGGUCGGCCAACAAGGUGUUUGAGGAGCUGACGGACAUUGAGAGGCAGUUCCACAAGGCCUUCUACACGGUGCGGGCCUACCUCAACUGCGAGCGGUACUCCGUGGGCCUCCUGGACAUGACCAAGGAGAAGGAAUUUUUUGACGUGUGGCCUGUGCUGAUGGGAGAGUCCCAGCCGUACUCGGGCCCACGCACGCCUGAUGGCCGGGAAAUUGUCUUCUACAAAGUGAUCGACUACAUCCUCCACGGCAAGGAGGAGAUCAAGGUCAUUCCCACACCCCCAGCCGAUCACUGGGCCCUGGCCAGCGGCCUUCCAAGCUACGUGGCAGAAAGCGGCUUUAUUUGUAACAUCAUGAAUGCUUCCGCUGACGAAAUGUUCAAAUUUCAGGAAGGGGCCCUGGAUGACUCCGGGUGGCUCAUCAAGAAUGUGCUGUCCAUGCCCAUCGUCAACAAGAAGGAGGAGAUUGUGGGAGUCGCCACAUUUUACAACAGGAAAGACGGGAAGCCCUUUGACGAACAGGACGAGGUUCUCAUGGAGUCCCUGACACAGUUCCUGGGCUGGUCAGUGAUGAACACCGACACCUACGACAAGAUGAACAAGCUGGAAAACCGCAAGGACAUCGCACAGGACAUGGUCCUUUACCACGUGAAGUGCGACAGGGACGAGAUCCAGCUCAUCCUGCCAACCAGAGUGCGCCUGGGGAAGGAGCCUGCUGACUGUGAUGAGGACGAGCUGGGCGAAAUCCUGAAGGAGGAGCUGCCAGGGCCCACCACAUUUGACAUCUACGAAUUCCACUUCUCUGACCUGGAGUGCACCGAACUGGACCUGGUCAAAUGUGGCAUCCAGAUGUACUACGAGCUGGGCGUGGUCCGAAAGUUCCAGAUCCCCCAGGAGGUCCUGGUGCGGUUCCUGUUCUCCAUCAGCAAAGGGUACCGGAGAAUCACCUACCACAACUGGCGCCACGGCUUCAACGUGGCCCAGACGAUGUUCACACUGCUCAUGACCGGCAAACUGAAGAGCUACUACACGGACCUGGAGGCAUUCGCCAUGGUGACAGCCGGCCUGUGCCAUGACAUCGACCACCGCGGCACCAACAACCUGUACCAGAUGAAGUCCCAGAACCCCUUGGCUAAGCUCCACGGCUCCUCGAUUUUGGAGCGGCACCACCUGGAGUUUGGGAAGUUCCUGCUCUCGGAGGAGACCCUGAACAUCUACCAGAACCUGAACCGGCGGCAGCACGAGCACGUGAUCCACCUGAUGGACAUCGCCAUCAUCGCCACGGACCUGGCCCUGUACUUCAAGAAGAGAGCGAUGUUUCAGAAGAUCGUGGAUGAGUCCAAGAACUACGAGGACAAGAAGAGCUGGGUGGAGUACCUGUCCCUGGAGACGACCCGGAAGGAGAUCGUCAUGGCCAUGAUGAUGACAGCCUGCGACCUGUCUGCCAUCACCAAGCCCUGGGAAGUCCAGAGCAAGGUCGCACUUCUCGUGGCUGCUGAGUUCUGGGAGCAAGGUGACUUGGAAAGGACAGUCUUGGAUCAGCAGCCCAUUCCUAUGAUGGACCGGAACAAGGCGGCCGAGCUCCCCAAGCUGCAAGUGGGCUUCAUCGACUUCGUGUGCACAUUCGUGUACAAGGAGUUCUCUCGUUUCCACGAAGAGAUCCUGCCCAUGUUCGACCGACUGCAGAACAAUAGGAAGGAGUGGAAGGCGCUGGCUGAUGAGUAUGAGGCCAAAGUGAAGGCUCUGGAGGAGAAGAAGGAGGAGGAGAGGGUGGCAGCCAAGAAAGUAGGCACAGAAAUUUGCAAUGGUGGCCCAGCACCCAAGUCUUCAACCUGCUGUAUCCUGUGAGCACUGGUCCCGUGGGGACCCUAUGGCUCCCUCAAUCUUCACCCACUAGGAUUUGGGUUCUGCCUGUGGCUAUUUGCUACAAGAGGUUAGGAAGCCCAAGAAAAUGACUGAAGAUCAUUCUGGAUAUUUUAAUUUUUUUUUUUUUUUUUUGAGAUGGAGUCUUGCUCUGUCACCCAGGCUGGGGUGCCAUGGCACGAUCUCAGCUCACUGCAACCUCCACCUCCCAGGUUCAAGCGAUUCUUGUGCCUCAGCCUCCUGAGUAGCUGGGACUACAGGCGCCCACCACCACACAUGGCUAAUUUUUGUAUUUUCAGUACAGAUGGGGUUUCACCAUAUUGGGCAGGCUGGUCUCGAACUCCUGACCUCAGGUGAUCACCCCACCUCAGCUUCCUGAAGUGCUGGGAUUACAGGCAUGAGCCACCACGCCCAGCCUGUUUUUAUAAACUGAAGCCAACUGUGAAUAAACUGUAGCCUACAUUACUCAUCCAUUUUUGGAUAGUUACCACUGGGAGACCUUUGAAAAGGGUGCAUGAACUCUGAAAUCACUGAGAACAUUUGCAGCCACACAUGUACAUAUGUGUACACAGGUAGACAGAUGGACACAGGCCGUUUCUCAUCCGGUUUAGGAAAACACACAUGCUCAGGAAUUCAGAAUAAAAUAAACAGAAAACUA